UGCUUAACUCUGAUCCUUUCUCAAUCCCCACAGGGAUGAGUUUCUUCCUGAAGGAUUUGUGUUUGUUGUUCAAAACACAGUCAGAAGCACCUCUGGCCCGCAUGGCCCACGUGUUCGUGUAUGGGACCCUGAAGAGAGGCCAGCCCAACCACAAGGUCCUGCUGGGCGGCACCAAUGGCUGUGCAGCCUUCCAGGGCCAGGGCCGAACGGUGGAGCCUUACCCCUUGGUGAUUGCGGGAGAACACAACAUUCCACGUCUGCUGAAUGUCCCAGGGCAGGGCUACCAUGUGGUCGGGGAGAUCUAUGCCGUGGACGAACAGAUGCUGUGCUUCCUGGAUGAGUUCGAAGGCUGCCCGGACAUGUACCAGCGCACCCCGGUGAGGAUUGUGGUCCUCGAGUGGGAAGGCAUGCCCGCUGCCGACAGGACCGUGCAGUGCUUCGUGUACAGCACGGCCACCUAUCCGCCCGAGUGGCUGCACCUCCCGUACCACAACAAUUACGACUCUCAAGGGCAGCAUGGGCUUCGCUAUAAUCCCCGGGAAAAUAGAUGAGAAGUGCGAGGACGCUGGUCGGCGGAGGACCC